AUGGAAUCGCCAGCUUGGUUACCGCAACGAGAAGUAAGGCCGCCGCCAACUGCCACGGAAGCAGGAGUUGCAGCAGCUAUGCUUCCACCGGAGAAUUCCGUUGUUAAUAAUGCACACAGUAGCCAUUCAGUUCCGGCGCCGACAUUCAGUUACAACGUGAUCCCUAAUAUGUCUUCCGGUGCGGCUAUGAAUCCUAAUCCACUGGGACCGCCUGUCCCAGUUCCUGGCCAGGUUUCAUCUGCUAGUCCUUCCUUUUCAUAUAAAAUUCCGCAAACUGGGCUUGGUUUUCCUGGCAAUCAGCAGUUCCAAUCCGGUGUUGACAAAUCACCUGCAAUUGCCCAAGGCAUUGCACCGUCAGCGGCACCAAUUGCAUCUCAGUCUGGUCCAUUGCCCCUUCAUUCUCCUUCAAGUUCUUCAAUGAAUGCAUCUUUAUCUCCUAACCUGGGCCCGACACCUUCACAGGCACCAGCUGCUGCUCCUUUUUAUAUGCCCCUUGGAUUGCCUAGAACCCCUGGCAUACAUGCACCCCAAGGAUUGGUACCAGCUGCACCAAUGACCCAGCCAUCUGGAGCUGUUGAUUCUUUACCUUCAGGAGUUCAGAGACCCAUCGUGCCAACAAUGCCUCCUGCAAAUGCAGUUCAGCAGCAAACAUACCCAACCUACUCAUCUUUACCUGCCAUGGCUGCUUCCCCACAGGCACUCUGGAUGCAAACCCCAUCCAUAGGAGGCAUGCCUAGGCAACCACUUUUGCCACAUCCUGCUGCUUUUCCUGGGCUCUUUCCUUUGCCUGGACAAGGCAUGCCUCAUCCUUCUGUUUCGUUGCCUGAUUCUCAACCUCCUGGCGUUGUUCCUGUUGGACAUGCAGGUGCAAAUCCCAUGUCUUCUUCUGCUUCAGUUCAUCAGUUACCAGGUGCUCCUGGGAUGCAGACAGAAUUACCUCCUCCUGGAAUUGAUAACCAGAACCAUCUCCAUCACCACCACAAUGGCAACAAGGAUAAUGCAGCUGUUAGUGAACCAUCACAUGCGUGGACUGCUCACAAGACUGACACAGGAGUUUUUUACUAUUAUAAUGCUGUGACUGGAGUGUCAACUUAUGAGAAACCACCUGGGUUUAAGGAGCCUGAGAAGGUUCCUGUGCAACCAAUUCCAGUUUCAAUGGAAAAUUUGGCUGGCACAGAUUGGGCAUUGAUCACAACAAAUGAUGGCAAAAAAUAUUACUACAACAACAAAACUAAGUUUAGCAGCUGGCAGAUUCCUAGUGAGGUGACAGAAUUGAGAAAGAACCAGGAAGCUGACUUAUCAAAAGAACAUGCAAUGUCAAUGUCAAUGUCACAAGUUAAUGCUUUGAAUGAAAAAGGAUCUGCUCCAAUUAGUUUGAGUGCUCCUGCUGUUAACACCGGUGGUCGUGAUGCCGCAGCUCUUAGAGUUUCAAGUGUGCAAGGAGCAUCAUCUGCUCUGGAUUUGAUAAAAAAGAAGUUGCAAGAAUGUGGAGCUCCAGCUAUUUCUGCCCCUGUUUCAGUUUCAUCAGGAGCAGCAGCAUCAGAUUCAAAUGGCUCAAGAGUUGAAGCUGCAGCUAAGGGCUUGCCAAGUGAGAAUAGCAAAGAUAAGCUGAAGGAUGCUAAUGGGAAUGGUAAUAUAUCUGACUCAUCUACGGACUCUGAGGAUGAAGAUGAUGGGCCAACAAAGGAAGAGUGCAUCAUCCAGUUUAAGGAGAUGCUUAAGGAACGUGGAGUGGUACCAUUCUCAAAAUGGGAGAAGGAGCUUCCGAAAUUAGUGUUUGAUCCUCGUUUUAAGAAAGCAGUUCCUUUUCCGUGCUGCAUGCAUGCAGAUUUCAUACAUCCAAGGCGCUGUAAAGUUAAUUUGUUGUGUGGUUCUUAUUGUGAAAGGUCUGAUCCGUUUCAGGCUAUUCCAAGUCAUUCUGCUAGAAGGUCUUUGUUUGAACACUAUGUUAAAACACGUGCUGAGGAGGAACGCAAGGAAAAGCGAGCAGCUCAGAAGGCUGCAGUGGAGGGAUUCAAGCAGUUGCUGGAGGAAGCAUCAGAGGAUAUUGAUCACAACACUGAUUAUCAAACUUUCAGAAAGAAACGGGGAAAUGAUCCAAGGUUUGAAGCCUUGGACCGCAAAGAUCGAGAGCAUUUAUUAAAUGAAAGGAUUCUUCUUUUGAAGAAGGCAGCACAAGAAAAAGCUCAAGCUGAACGUGCUUCUGCUGCUGCCAGUUUCAAGUCCAUGCUUCGAGAUAAAGGAGACAUAACUGUUAAUUCGCGUUGGUCCAGGGUCAAGGAUAGUCUAAGGAAUGACCAAAGAUACAAAUCUGUAAAGCAUGAGGAUAGAGAGGUUUUCUUCAAUGAGUAUUUGUCUGAAUUAAAAGCUGCAGAGGAGGAAGCAGAGCGAGAUGCAAGAGGCAAAAGAGAGGAGCAGGAUGUAAAUGAAUAUGUCCAGCUCUCUUCCACCUUAGUUCAGGACAAGCUGAAGGAGAGGGAGCGAGAGUUUCGAAAACGGAAGGAAAGAGAAGAACAAGAAAUGGAAAGGGUGCGUGUGAAAGUUCGGAGGAAAGAAGCAGUUGCAUCUUUUCAAGCUUUGCUUGUGGAAACAAUUAAGGACCCUCAGGCAUCUUGGACCGAGUCAAAACCAAAGUUGGAGAAGGAUCCACAAAGACGUGCAACAAAUCCUGAUUUAGAUCCAUCUGAUAUAGAGAAGCUCUUCCGGGAACACAUCAAGAUGCUGCAUGAGCGAUGUACAAAUGAUUUCAAAGCUUUGUUAGCUGAAGUUGUAACUGCUGAAGCAGCGACCCAGAAGACAGAAGAUGGGAAAACAGUCCUUGAUUCAUGGUCAACAGCUAAACGACUUCUAAAGCCGGAUCCUAGGUAUAACAAGAUGCCUCGGAAAGAGAGGGAAGCUUUGUGGCGUCGAUAUGCUGAGGAGAUGUUGAGAAAGCAGAAGUCUGCACCGGAUCAGAAGGAAGAUAAGCAAACAGAUUUUAAAAAUAGAAGCUCAAAUGAUUCAGGAAGAUAUCAAUCAGGAUCGAGGAGAACAAAUGACCGAAGAUAG